GCUCGCUGGUUCACCCUUACCUGACGUGCCCUGGAUUUUUUUUUUGUGUGUGUGUGUGUGCUUCUCUCUCUCUCUCUCUGUGUGUGUGUGUGUGUGUGUGUUUGUGGGCGUUCGGUUUCUAUUUCUAUUAUCAUUCCCCUACAGCAGAGCAGAGCAGAGAUGGAAGCGACGACACUCUCUAUGGAUACGCAUACUGCGCAACCGCCUACGUCUGCGCCGAUAUCCACGUGCGCCCCCCCCGUCUCUCCCGCUGCUUCGAAGAAACGUUCCUCGCAGGAUGUCGAUAUGCAGGAUGCGCCUGUUUCGUUGGAUCACGUGGUAGCCUCGACGCCUGCGUCCGUGUACAGUGAUGAUAAAGAGAAUGUCGACUCUACGGGGGAAAAGUUGGUUGAGACCACAACGGCGGCUAUGUCUGCUGUUGUUGUUGUUGGCGGUGGUGGUGGUGGUGGUGGUGUGGAUCAGUCACAAACACACCCGCAGAUGCAGAUGCCACCUGCAGCGAAGAAGAGAAAGGUUUCGCCGGCUAGUCGGGAAGCCAGGCAGCAGGAGAAAGAGGCAAAGGAAAAACUGAAACUAGAAGAGAGGGCGAAGAAAGACGAGGAGAAGAAGGCCAAGGAGGAAGAGAAGCGGAAGCGGGACGCCGAGAAGGAAGAGGAGAAGAAGAAACGAGAGGCUGGAAAGGAAGAGGAACGCAAGCGCAAAGAGGAGAAGCGCAAGGUGAAGGAAGAGGAGAAGGCCGCGAAGGAGGAAGAGAAGAGAAAGAAGGAGGAGGAAAAGAUAAAGAAGGAGAGGGCACAAACUCGGUUGAAUGCUUUCUUCAUGAAACCCAAACCAACUAUUAUUGAGCAUCCUGUUUCGAGUGCUGGUGGCUCGCCGAAGAAGUCAUCGGGGGGUGAUGCUUCUGCGGAACCUCUUGAAGUAAGCGUGAAAGCCUCUGACUAUCGACAAGAGUUUCCUGAAUUCUUCUUGAAAUCACAUACAAGUGUAGCUCCACCUCACCGGUUCGAGCGAGACCCACAGGCGUUGGCACAUAUGCAGGUAAAAGUUGAUGCAUGCUUGAAGCCUGACUCCAAGCCCUGCGAUCCCCCGGUCUUUCGUCCGUCCGAGCUCUUUCGGAUGAUGUCUUACAAGCGACGACAGGGACGUACUGCAUCUGUGAAAGAUCUUCUUUUGCAAAUGCAGAGCCUCAGUGAGCAGUCUGAGACACCAGAGCUCGCUCAGAAGCUACAGAACUCGUUGAAGCAAGUGAGGAUGAAGUCGCUAAAGUUUGGCGAAGAUGUCCGACCAUCUUAUCAAGGUACCUUUAGCAAGCCCCUCUCUGAGGGUACUGCUUACAGAUUGAUGCGAAAUCCCUUCCGUCGAGAGCUCCCCAAUACAAACUACGGUUACGACUCAGAGGCGGAGUGGGAAGAGCCCGAGGAAGGGGAAGAUCUCGACUCCGAGGAGGAGGAAGAAGGUAGCGAAGAGGGAGAUGAUGAUAUGGAUGGUUUCCUUGACGAUGAAGACGACCAGCUCGCCGACGGGAAGAGACGUCUCCUAGUUGGGGACCUGGAGCCGAGCUGCACUGGGAUACGCUGGCAGGACCAAGGGAUUGAUCCAGAUUUGCAGAUCUACAAGAUUGAGACCAUCUCGCCUGCUGUUACGUUUCCGAUUGACCCAUUCUCUACCGCCUACUGGGCAAAGCCCAAAGCCCCCGAACCUACACAGACAGCUACUCUGAGUCGAUCAACCCUGGACGCAUUCGUUGGAGGGCCCAGUACACAAGCUUCCGCCGGCUUGCCUGCUCCAGAUGCAGGUGCAGGCCGACCCAAACGAGGAUUUCCCAUGGAACAACUGGCAGAAUUCAAGCAGGUAGUGGAAGGCAGUGAUCUCACAAAAGCAGGUUUGAUUGAAAUCCUGAAGAAGAGAUUUCCGAAAGUCCCCAAGGAUGCUUUGAAGGAUAUGUUGAACACGGUGGCUUCUCGAGUCGGUCAAAAAGAAGCAGAGAAAAAAUGGGUAUGCAAGUAGAAAAAAGUUUUGCGGAUCGGAACAA